AUGGCACCGAAGAAUAAGGAUACCGGUAAGAAGUCUCAGCGUCCGAGGGUAGUAACAUGUGAGUCUCCUCACUCAGCCAUGUGCCCACCCCCUCAGAGUCAGGUUGAUCAUAUGUCCCUGGCCAGUACUCAGGGUUUUGUCCCAUUACUCUCCUCCCAUACAUUCCCGUCUGGGGUACCUGCAUCUUUUGUGCCACCUGGAGGCCCCGGUUUCCUUUACCCACAGACUCAGAUGCCGUCUUCCUUCCAGCAUGCAGCAGGAUCUAGUUUCCCUUUCCCACCGACCCAGAUGCCGUCAUCCUUCCAGCAGGCGGGAGGAUCUAGUGUUCCUUUCCCACAUACUCAGAUGCCAUCUUCCUUCCAGCAUGCGGGAGGAUCUAGUUUCCCUUUCGCACCGACCCAGGUGCCUUCAUCUUUCCAGCAGACUGGUGUCCCCUCAUCAUUCCAGCAGACGGGGGGAGGACCCAGUUUUCCAUUUAUACAGACUGGCGUGCCUUCAUCAUUCCAGCAGACAGGGGGACCCACACAGAUGUAUUCAUCCUUCCAGCAGGCGGGAGGGUCCAGCACCCCACACUCCACACACAUUGGAGGACCCAGCAGUCCACGUCCGGCACAGGCUGCAGGAUCCCGCGCCCCACGUCCUAGACGGACCGGAGGGUCACGCACCCCUCAUCCCACACAGGCUGCAGGAUCCAGCACCCCACGUCCUACACAGGCUGGCGGUGAUGCAGAUGUCGUAGCUGAUGAUAUAGAUGGAGCUGAUAUUCGUGAGAGAUCAGAUGAUCCGAGUGAGAUUCAUGUAAUUGACGGGAGGUUUUGGAUUUGGCCCGAAGGAAGCAAUUUCGCGCCGAGUCGGACGGCUGCCAAGGUUAUUAAUUAUAUAAUCCAGCAGAUGUAUAAAUCCUCUUGGAAGAACUUUGGCGAGGUUACAAAUAAAGAAGAAUGGUUUAAAAAAUUUAAGGAAAAAUGUGUGUGGGAUCCGUUGAAUGAGAAAAUAAUGGAAAAAAUAUAUUAUAGCAGAACUUCUAGAAGAUUUUCGGAUAUAAUGCGGCGGGUUAGGGAGAAUUAUGAGCUGCAUGGUAUCCGUCCUAACUGGAUAGGCGUAGAGGUUUUUGGCGAACUUCGUACAUAUUGGAGUUCGCCAGAAUUCAAGGCCAAAUCUGAAAAUUUUAAGAAGAUGAGGGCAUCAGAAAAAGGGGGAUGUGUCAAUACUGUUGGAAGUAUUAGCACUGCAGAGCAUGUCCGACGGAUGACUAAGGAGAUGGGGAGACCACCAUUGAUGAUUGAGUUGAUUACGAGGACUCGGACAAAAAAAUCGGGAGGUUUUGUCGACGACCGCACCCAGAAAGCUUUUGAUGAUUAUCAGACAUUGCUAGCAAAUUUUCUAGAACACAAUCCGCAAUAUAGGCCAGCAGAGGGGGAGCCGCUUAAUGGGGAUGUUGAUUUCUAUAUUUGGAAUGAGGUUGUUAAUGGAAAAGGGCCUAAUGGUUGCUUUUUUGCGGGAGGAAAUUUGGCCGCCGGCUUGAGAGUUGGUGAUCGUAAUCUGUUUCAAAGACUUAGAGAUGGAGAAGGGGGGUCACGUCAACCCAAUCUGACUCAGGUUCAACUUGAAACAGUACGACAAUUGGCGGCCAGUGAAGUGAGACGCGAAAUGGAGGCCCAAAUGACGACAAUGAGGCAAGAGCAGGAGCGUCAGUUAGAGAUCAUGCGGAAGCGGCAAUCUGAUAUGGAGGAGCAGAUGAGACAGUUUAUGCAAGGGGGUCGAAAUCAAAAUGUUCCUGAUCAUACACAGCCGGAUGAUGACGGACUUGAUGACUUUGAUCUUGAUAAUUUUCCGGGUGAAGAUGCCCCGUGA